AUGGAAGAUCCAAGUCGUAUGCUACGCCGUGCGGGCAAUCUCCUCACGAGCAACGGCCAACCAGUAAAAGAGCUCGAUGUCGACUCCGACGUGCCCAGGCUUCCGGGAUCACCGCCACCCCGAAGUCACAAACUAGGACUAGGCGCCUCCAUUAAACGACGGCUGCAGGAGGUUGUUGGGGGAUCUACCGCGCGGUCACGAUCUGUUGGCGGUCUUGGGCGUUCACCACGAACGCCGGCGCCUUCGACCGAUACUGGGAACGGAGAGGUUGGCAGAAGUCAUGCGCGCUCAUUUUCCGAUAUACCCACUGCCCAGGCGCCCAUUUUUGACCGUCCGACACCUAGUACUGCCCAGGCUCCCGCCCUUUCCAAUAAGCGCCAUUCUGUGGGCGCGCAACCGUCAAGUGUCCCAGAGGUGUCUAACUUGAGUGGGGAGCAGGAAGUUACGUCUCCCGUGUCAGAGCAGCAGCCUACCGCGUCCUCGUCCGCUUCUCAGCUGGAAGAUGUGUUGGUUCCGCAGUUGUUGCAGCAGGGCACACCCAUGACCAAGGUGUCCGCGAAGAAGCACAAAAAGUUUGUGUUUCGCUUAGACGCGGAUUUGGGGCAGAUCGUGUGGGAGUCUGUGUCGAAGCAGCAGAAGAUUAUACCGAUUGAGAAUAUCAAGGAAAUUCGGACGGGGUCGGACGCGCGGUAUUAUAGGCAGCAAUUCCAGCUCGCACAGGAAUAUGAAGAUCGGUGGCUUACGAUUGUCUAUAUCCUUGAUGGCGCGUAUAAGACGCUACAUCUCAUCGUGGCAACCAAGGACGUGUUCCAGAUAUGGAAUAAGACUUUGCGCGAGUUACAUGCAAUUCGGCAGGAGCUCAUGCGCGGAAUUGGGAAUAUUGAAGUGAGGGAAGCUUUGUGGGAGAGACAGCAUUGGAAGGGGGCGGGCGAGGAGAGGGAUCAGAAGCUGACGUUUGAAGAGGUUGUUAGGCUUUGUAGGAGGCUGAACAUCCAUUCGAACCAGGAAGAUCUGUUUAGACUUUUCACUCGGGCAGACACGCAGCAACGCGGAUUUCUGGACUUUGAUGAUUUCCGGAGGUUUGUCAAGCUGCUCAAGGGAAGACCGGAAAUUGAUCGGUUGUAUAAGAAACUCAAGGUGGAUAGUGGGGGUGUUUUUGUUUUCGCAACGUUCGAAAAGUUCAUGCGGGACAAGCAGAAGUCCACACUCAGUCAAGACGAGCUCCAGGCCGUCUUUGACAAGUAUACCAAGAAUACCGACUCAGCAACAACCAUGAAUGUCGACUCGUUCACCUCCUUCCUCCUAUCCCCGGACAACUGCGCUUUUUCGGAUCAGCAUUCCAAGGUCUUCCAUGACAUGACGCGCCCUCUAUCAGAGUACUUUAUCUCCUCAUCUCACAACACCUACCUAGUCGGACAUCAGCUGAUCGGCGAUAGCACGAUUGAAGGCUACAUCCGAGCCCUUUUGCACAGUUGCAGGAGUGUAGAACUGGACAUCUUCGACGGCGACCAUGAGCCUAUGAUCUUCCAUGGCAAGACACUCACCACCAAGGUGUCCCUCCGGGAAGUUUGCCAGGUGAUCAAGAAAUAUGGGUUUGUCGCCUCGCCUUAUCCAAUCAUUCUGUCCGCGGAAGUUCACUGCUCGGUGGCCCAGCAAGAUAUGAUUGCUGCGAUCAUGAUCGAGGUGUUUGAGGACACUUUGAUUCAGGAACCACUAGAGGAGCUGGCGGAGGGGCGGAGGAUUGAGGUGCUUCCGAGCCCCGAACAGUUGAAGGGGAAGAUAUUAUUGAAGACGAAGAACCUCUUGCUUCAAGGGCCAGAUCCUGUUGUGGGCGGUGAUGUCUUUUUCUCUGAUGUUUCUGCGUCUUCAACAUCAGAUUCGGAGGCUUGGGUAGACGCAACGCAGGACCCUUCGGCGGUAUUUAAUGGACGCAAACGGAGGAGUGAAUCGGACAGUGUCAAAGAUCAGCUCCGCAAAGCUCGAAGUACCGUUUUGAAGCGGGUUCAAAGUGUGGGCAAAGCGUCUUCAUCGUCCGCCUCUUCGUCCACCACCCCACGACGAGCACGUUCCCCAGCACCAUCAUCCCCUCAUCUUCCCGCAAUCCCCAUUUCUCCCGUUCCGAUCGAGACUACUUUGAAACCCCCAAACACAAUUUCCGCCAGACGCCCAUCUGAUACAUCUGAACUUUCCCGACCGAAACCCAAAAUGUCGCCAGCACUUGUGGCAUUGCUGGUAUACACUGUCGGUGUCAAAUGUCGCGGAAUUAACAAGAAGGAGGAGUAUGCCCCAGUGCAUAUGUUCUCACUGUCUGAGAACGCGGCGAACAAGAUGCUGAAGUUUGGGAUGAUGGACUUGGUGAAGCACACGCGAACGCAUAUGGUCAGGAUCUACCCCAAGGGCACGAGAGUGAGUUCGACGAACUAUGAGCCUCAUCGAUUCUGGUGUGCUGGUGCCCAGCUUGUUGCGAUGAAUUGGCAAACGUUUGAUUUGGGAUAUAUGAUUAAUCACGCCAUGUUCCAGCGGAACGGACGAUCUGGAUUUGUGUUGAAGCCUCUUGCGCUUCGUAUAGGAUCCAAGGACCUUCUUUCAAAGCGCACACAACACCGCUUCGACGUCACUAUUAUCUCUGCACAACAGCUACCCAGGCCAAAAAACGCCUCAGGGCACGAGAUUAUGGACAAGUCUGUUAUCGAUCCAUAUGUCCAGGUGACGAUACACGUCCCUGACUGGCCUUGGGCGGCUCCCGUUCACGGUAGUGCGCGAAAACCGAUUCCUGGGGAACUGGCUUCUCCUUCUCAGAUGACAACUGGAGCUGGGGGUUUAGGAUCCCCAUCUACGCCUCGUCGAUCGAUAUCGUGCAGAACGAAUGCUGUGAAGAAUAAUGGGUUUAACCCGGUGUGGGAGGAGAAGUUGAGGAUACCGUUUGAGUGUGUGGGUGAUAUGAUGGAUUUGGUUUUUGUGAGGUUUGUGGUUAGACGGCAGGAGGAUAAGGAUCAGGAGGAGCCUCUUGCGGUGUAUUGUGCUCCGCUCGGGAGCUUAGAGCAUGGUUAUCGACAUCUUCCACUGCAUGAUUCGCAACUGUCCCAGUACCUGUUUUCGACGCUAUUCGUCAAGAUCAACGUUACUAUGGUAGAAGUAUGA